UGGGGGGGUGGCUUAUGGAGCCCAGAGCCUCUGGGCACUUCUCUGAGGCUGGGCAGCCCUGUGGAGAUGCCCACCUCACCACUAAUUCUUCCCCUUUCCUCAGGAUCCCUCUGCACAAAGGCAAACCCCUGAGAAAGGCACUAAAGGAGCAUGGGCUCCUAGAGGACUUCCUGCAGAAACACCAGUCUGCCGUCAGCAGCAAGUACUCCAGCUUCGGGGAGGUGGCCAGCGAGCCCCUGACCAGCUACCUGGAUAGUCAGUACUUUGGGAAGAUCUACAUUGGGCUGCCCCAGGAGUUCACUGUGGUGUUUGACACUGGCUCCUCCGACCUCUGGGUGCCCUCUGUCUACUGCAAGAGCGACGCCUGCCAAAAUCACCAGCGCUUCGACCCAAGCAUGUCGUCCACCUUCCAGAACCUGGGCAAACCCCUGUCCAUCCAGUAUGGCACGGGCAGCAUGCAGGGCUUCCUGGGCUACGACACCGUCACUGUCUCCGACAUUGUGGACCCCCAGCAGACUGUGGGCCUGAGCACCCAGGAACCUGGUGACGUCUUCACCUACUCCGAGUUCGAUGGGAUCCUGGGGCUGGCCUACCCCUCCCUUGCCUCUGAGUACUAGGUCCCCGUGUUUGACAAUAUGAACAGGCACCUGGUGGCCCAAGACCUGUUCUCGGUUUACAUGGACAGGAACGGCCAGGAGAGCAUGCUCACACUGGGGGCCAUUGACCCGUCCUACUACACAGGAUCCCUGCACUGGGUGCCUGUGACCUUGCAGAAGUACUGGCAGUUCACCGUGGACAGUGUCACAAUCGGCGGUGUGGUGGUGGCCUGUGAUGGUGGCUGUCAGGCCAUCCUGGACACGGGCACCUCCAUGCUGGUCGGGCCCAGCAGUGACAUCCUUAACAUCCAGAUGGCCAUCGGAGCCACACAGAACCAGUAUGGUGAGUUUGACAUCGACUGCGGCAGCCUGAGCAGCAUGCCUACGGUGGUCUUUGAGAUCAACAGCAGAAUGUACCCACUGACCCCCUCCGCCUACACCAACCAGGACCAGGGCUUCUGCACCAGUGGCUUCCAGGGUGAAAAUAAUUCCCAGCAGUGGAUCCUGGGGGAUGUCUUCAUCCGGGAGUAUUACAGCGUCUUUGACAGGGCCAACAACCGCGUGGGGCUGGCCAAGGCCGUCUGAUUGCACCUCUGACCAAAAACCUCACUGUCCCCAAACACACGCACAUACACACAUGCACCCGCACGCAUGCACACACACAUGCACACACAUAGGUGAGGUUUUUAAGCAGACGGUUCUCAAUAAAUACUACA